AUGGCGACCGUCUCACCGGCCCACGACUUGGGGUCCGAACUGUUCUUUGAUACCUCCGUACCGACCCUGAAACUUGAUAUUGAAGGCUCUAUCCUUCACAAAGACGCGUCAUCGCAGCCCAUUACCCGAGAUCUUUGGUGGCCUAGGAUUCGAUCCAUCUGCCAGGAUGCCUUUUCUGAGUUUUUUGGGACCAUGAUUCUCGUUUUAUUUGGCUGCGGUGUUACAGCACAGGUUGUCCUUAGUACUAAUGGCAAGGGCGAUUAUCAGAGUAUCUCAUGGGGCUGGGGCAUAGGUAUUAUGCUUGGGGCAUAUGUUAGCGGGAAGUCUGGAGGCCAUAUCAACCCAGCCGUUACUUUAGCUCACUGUGUCUUUCGUGGUCACCCGUGGCGCAAGCUCCCAGUCUAUGCUGCCUCCCAAGUGCUUGGAGCUAUAGUAGGCGCUGCAAUAGUCUAUGGGAACUACCGCUCGGCUAUUGACAGCUUCGAGGGGGGCGCCGGGACUCGCACCGUCUCUACUUCCCAUGCCACGGCUGGCAUUUUCGCUACUUACCCUGCCGCUUUCAUGACGCGCACUGGCAUGUUCUUUUCCGAGCUUCUAGCCAGCACGAUUUUGCAGUUUGUUCUUUUCGCCAUGUCUGAUGACGGGAAUAAUUUUGGCGCAGGCCCCUUGAAGCCCCUCGGUCUCUUCUUUCUAGUAUUUGGCAUUGGUGCCGGAUUUGGCUGGGAGACUGGUUAUGCCAUGAACCUAGCCCGUGAUUUUGGCCCUCGACUCGUCACCUACAUGAUUGGUUACGGAGCAGAGGUCUUCUCCGCUAAUGGCAAUUACUUCUGGAUACCCAUGGUUGCCCCUUUCUUUGGCUGCCUGACUGGCGGUUUUCUGUACGAUCUAUUCAUAUACACUGGCGAAUCGCCCAUCAACUCCCCCUAUUUCGGAUUCCGUCGGUUUCUAAGGCCGCACUGCGACUGUUUUACGUGCGUCGCCGCACGUUAUGGCAAGUCGCCCGAAUCCCAGGUUUAG